AGUUCCCGCCAAAAAGGAUUAACCGCCCUCCAUAAAUUCUAACCUCCCCUCUCCGACUUUCUCUCGGAUUCUGUUUCACUCUCACACUCACACUCUCUGCAUUUCGCUAACCGAUUUUUUCUUGAAGCUUCUUCAAUGACGUCGCCGCCGAUCACCACCGUCGCUCUCCUCCUCCUCACCUCCCUCAUCUCUCUCUCCUCUGCUCUCCCCUCCGCCAGCAUCCUCAACGGCGCCGACGCCCUCUCGGAUUCCGGCCACCUCUCUAUGGCUCUCACCCUCGAGGCCAUCUCUCAGAGCCUCGUCCUCAAGUCGCCGACGGUCACCAUCUUCGCGCCGCCGGACGCCUCUUUCAGGCGAUUCGGCCAGCCCUCUCUCUCGCUCCUCCUCUCUCACUUUGCCGCCAUCGCCCUCCCUCUCCAAACCCUAAGGUCCCUCCCCGCCGGCACCAAAAUCCCGACGCUCCAGUCCGGCAACUCACUUAUCGUGACCUCGCCGAGCUCCGGUACCGAGAUCUCUCUCAACGGCGUCAGAGUCACAACCGCCGCCACGCCGAUCUACGACGACGGCUUCCUCAUCAUUCUGGGAGUCUUGGAGUUCUUUGACCCGAGCUUUGUUCCCGCCCCGACCCGAGUUCCAUCGUCGGAUCACUUCUGCGGCUCGGCUUCACCGAACGGCUCGAUCGGUUUUCCGGCGACGGCUUCUUCGUUCGACGGAGCCAAAGGCGCUUUGAGGUCUGAAGGAUACACCGUGAUGGCUUCAAUUCUAGAUCUGCAACUAGCGGCGUUCCAGAACUCUCCGAGUCCGUUGACCAUCUUUGCUCCGGUUGACCAAGCCGUCGAGAAUCCUCUGGUAGACCCCUCGGUCUUUCUACGACACGUCGUUCCUUGCCGACUCUCCUGGUUCGAUUUGGUCAAUCUCAUCGAAGGCACGGAGCUACCUACCUACAUGAAGGGCUUCACUAUCAAAAUGUCCAGAUCCGGCGACGUUUUGCUGCUAAACGAAGCUCCGGUGUACUAUCCCAACCUCUACUACGGCGGCUCCAUCGCGGUUCACGGCCUUCAGGAUAGCCUUGUGGUGCCGGCACAGUCUCAAGAAGAAGCUGCAGAUGAGUCUGAGUCUUCACCUGAACAACAAGCUGGGAGUGAAGCCGGCGAUGAUUCACCGGAUAUUGAUAGUGAAUUUUGAAGCCGUGUAACUGAGGUCAGAGAUUCUGAUGAAUACAAGCUCCUGUAUUCUGAUGAAUUAGAUUCAAGCAUUUGUUUUUGCCGGUGUUAAAUUUAGGGUUUGGCUUUCUAAUUUUCUGUUCAUCUGUUCUGAAUUCGAU